AAUGGAAAAUGGAACAUAACAGUGAAGGGAAGGGAAGAAGCAAUAAUUAAGAAUUAAGAAUGAAUUAACACGCAAGUAUGAGCGGGUCAGUGGGGGAACAAGUUCUUUCUUUUAUUAUUGUGAAAGAGAUGGUGGCCCCGCAAAUUGAAAGGAAAAUGACUGAGCAGUUGCAGCAGGGGUGAUUGAUGAUGAUGAUGAUGAUGAUGGGUCUUGCGCGAUCUAAUCUGAAUAUGAAGCAGCGAUUGUUGAGACUUUGUUACUAUUGGGUCUCUCUGAUUCCGCAACUAUUGCGUCUCCUCCAAAUGCUUUGCUUCAAAUUCAACCACUUUCCUUGGAAUCGGAAAGGCAACACCAUUACUCUCCCUCAAACCUUUUCUCUUCCCUCUCCGCUUCCCCAAUGGCCUCAAGGACAAGGUUUUGCUUCUGGAAUUGUAAACCUUGGGGAGAUAGAAGUGUGCAAGGUCACUGGGUUUGAGUUUGUUUGGAACAGCAACAUUGGAAAGCCUGUUGCUUUCUAUAAACCUGUGCGAAUACCAGAUGGGUUCCGUAUCCUUGGACACUAUUGUCAGCCCAGUGACAAGCCGUUACGGGGUUUUGUGCUUGGUGUUAGGGAAGUGGAAACUGCUUCAUCUGAGACAAGCAACUGUCACACGUUACCAGCCUUGAAGAAUCCCCUUGACUAUAUGUUGGUAUGGUGUUCCAAUGCAGGAAGUAAGGAAUUGCCAAUUGGUUCUGCUUACUUUUGGGUGCCCCAGCUUCCUGAAGGUUACAGUGCCCUUGGCUAUUUGGUUACUAAUGUGCCCGACAAGCCCAAUUUGGAUGAAAUGAUUUGUGUUCGUGCUGACCUCACUGAUAAAUGUGAACCUUACCGGUUAAUGCUUGACGCUGCUCCUGUAACUCCAGAGUUUCCAUUUCAGGUGUGGAAUUUGAGACCUCGUGACCGUGGCAUGCUGGGGGAAGGAGUUUCAGUAGGGACUUUUUUCUGCACUAGUUGUUGGAACAAGGGAGAAGAGCUACCUGUUGUGUGCUUGAAGAACCUAAAUCCUGUGCUACCAGCAAUGCCACGCCUCCACCAAAUACAUGCACUUAUAGAGCACUAUGGGCCUACUGUUUUCUUUCAUCCCGAGGAAGCUUACUUGCCUUCUUCUGUUGAUUGGUUUUUCAAUAAUGGGGCCUUGUUGUACCGAAAGGGCGUGUCCACGGGAGAGACCAUUGAUGCAGCCGGCUCAAAUUUGCCAGGUGGGGGAAGAAAUGACGGGGAGUUUUGGAUAGAUUUGCCAAGUGAUGAUAGAAGGGAUUUUGUCAAGCAUGGGGACUUGAAGAGUGCUAAGCUUUAUGUUCAUGUGAAGGCUGCUCUUGGUGGAACUUUUACUGAUGUUGCUAUGUGGGUGUUUUGCCCUUUCAAUGGACCCUCCACUCUGAAAAUUGGAAUUACAAGUAGGGCUUUUAGUAAGGUUGGAGAGCAUGUUGGUGACUGGGAGCAUUUUACACUUCGUAUAUGCAACUUUACUGGAGAAUUGUGGAGUAUAUAUUUCUCACAGCACAGUGGUGGAAAAUGGGUGGAUGCCUAUGAAUUGGAGUAUAUUGAUGGCAAUAAAGCUGUUGUCUACUCAUCCAAAAAUGGACAUGCAAGCUACCCCCACCCUGGAACAUAUCUCCAAGGGUCUUCAAAACUUGGGAUUGGCAUUAGGAAUGAUGCUACUCGUAGUCAUUUGUAUGUGGAUUCUAGCAUUCAAUACGAGCUUGUUGCAGCCGAGUAUCUAGGAGAUGUUGUCAGAGAGCCUCAAUGGUUGCAAUUUAUGAGAGAGUGGGGUCCAAAAAUUGUUUAUGAUUCAAAAACUGAGCUGGAUAAGAUAAUGAAUGCUCUUCCUCGCGGGCUUCGAAAUGCAUUUGGUAACUUGAUUAAAAAGCUUCCGGUAGAGCUGUAUGGUGAGGAAGGUCCUACAGGGCCAAAAGAGAAAAAUAACUGGAUAGGAGAUGAAAGAUGGUGAAUUUAUAUAUAUGAUACUUCAUACUUAUACAUAUACAUAUCACACCAAUUGGUCAAAUCAGCAAGUUCUUUUUCUAGGCCAGAAAUUUUGUAAUAAUAAUAUGUUGUAAAUUCAUAGUGUGAGAAAAGUUAUAUGCUUGUAUUAUAGUUUUGGGUGGUGCUUAUGUUAUUGUUUAUUGGUUUUUGGAAAAGGGAGCAAGGUCAGACUUAGGAUUUGUUGUCUGGGAAUUAGUGUAUUACAUGAGAGUUCUUGUACUGUGUCUUGUGUCCCAGUGUGAUUUGUUAUCCAUGCCAAAAAUAAUUUUGCAGGAGUGUAAAUGAUUCAAUGAAAGUUCUUCCACUCUUUGCCUUUCGUCCAA